CGAUAGUUUUGACGAGGCUCAUAGCUCUCUGGGCCACCUCAGACGGCGUCAUCAGGGUCACAAAGUGUUCCGAACAGUGAGGUCAUCUGAGUGUCUCGGCGUCCACGGGUCUUUUGGACUGCCAAGACACACUGCCAAGACAAAAACAUAAAACCCCCGGCCAAGAUGAAAGUUCUUCUUCUUCCUUUCACCAACCAGCCAUAGGCCAGAAAAGGCAAAUAAGCAGUAUGGCCACUAAGCGCAAGACGAAGAGUCCGAAGUCCGGCAAUGAGCCCAAAAAGCGCCGAGAGUCUGCCCAGUCUACGCGUACUACCCGAGCAGCGGCAAAGGCUGAGCUUGAACCCCAGGCCGACCCUACGUCUGAUAGCGAAGCCGAAUUAGGGCAACACGUGGAAAACUCCGCCAACCGCGCAUCCAACAACGAAACCGCUGAGGCCUCCGCCACUCAGGCUGCCCCUCAGGUUGAGCAGCACGUUUUGGAAGACAACCGCACAUCCGCCACCGAAACCGCUGAGGCCUCCGCCAUCCAGGCCACAUCCCACAUUGAACAGCUUCGAUCUCAAGUGGCUGAUUACGAGCGACAAGUUAAGGCUGCAUACUCAACAAGCCGCCUUGCUCGACCAAAGAUCGACUGGCAGGGCCAUCUUGCUGGGUGGGCUGCUCAGUCUGCAGCCAUCGCCAACAGCAUCAACCCCGACCUCAGCGUUGUCAAUUUUCCAACCGUUCUAGACACUGAAUUGGCCAGCUGGCGGGCUUUCAUGGAUAUGGGUGGAGAUAUCACCUUGCUGGAGCACAUGGACUUCAUGCUUUCGGUCUUAUGGUGCUCCAGAAGAACCGCACAGCGUGGCUGGCCAAAAAGAAGAACUAUGGCCUGUGGGAGAGCCAGGAGUGGUAUGUAGCUGCGUUUGGUGAGCGUGUUCCCUGAGCUGGGACGGCAUCGGUAGUUGUGAAGGCCAAAGGAGUUCAUUCGGAAAUGGACAACAGUUUGCAGA